UGCGAAGAAGCCGUCUUGGCUGGAUGUGCUCGUGAACGAAUAACUUCAGAUAUUAUUACCUGCUCGUUGCCGCCGCGAAAUUUAGUUUUAAACUAUUCCAUUCUCUACUUGAUCAUUGAACCUGCCCAAUCGAAGUUGUUUAAUGUUGAAAUUCGUGGUCGAGAGGUGAAAAAUCUACGAAGACGGAAUCCAUUGGGUCAACGCAUAAGGAUCGCCACUGAGGCAGCAAUCGCUAAAUUCGAACGAAAAUUCACAAAAUUAUAAAGACGAAUGUAACAAAGGAUUAAUUUUAAGGAUUCCAGCACUGAGUGUUUGGUUAUAGCUCACAAACGAGCGGAAAAAGGUGUGUUCUAGGCGUUACGACUUCGUGCCUGUGCUCGAUUUUGUGCUACCUGCAGAUCGCUGGCAGUGCCCGCGACUUCGUGCGCGAAUCUCACAAAGAAUUCUUGUUCAUUUCGAAAGUUCUUAGUUUUAUUUCAGUACAGCGAGUACGUAAUUUUAGUCUGACCACAAGGAGAGAUUGAAAAUUGUGCGUGAUCUGCUGAUUUCUUAAUGUUCUGCUGUGGGUUCCGUGGUCGCCCCGACAGCAAUCAGUCAGUUGGUGGGAAGCCUUUCAGUUCGCGCGUUUCGUGAAUUAUUCUACAUUUCUCGUUGGCGCGUUCGGGUUGAAUUCCUGAUUGGCCAAAUUGAAAUUUCGUGUGGAUAUAGAUCUAAGUUGAGCAGAGAAGCUGUGCAGUUUGUGAACCGCUUGCUCCCUUCGUGAUAAAGCGUUGGCAGUGUCCCCCGAGAAGGUCCCAAGUGAAAUUGAAUGUGAAUUUCCCGGGUUGGCGUAGUGUCUGUUGUUUUUAUCUGGAACGAGCCACGAGGCAGGAAAGAGGGAAAAUCGAUCGUCGCCACACGUCUUUCAAUGUCCUCAUGUGAAUCAUCGUCUUGUCGCCGUGGAAGUGCCCGAGUUUGAAUUCAGUGAAUAUAUUUUACUGUAAGGAGGUGUUCUGUGUCUUCGUUCUUUGUCCUCUCCUCGUCCUGCCGUCUUGUGAAGGCUUUGUGUCUGUCGUCGCUAUGUAAACAAGAGACACGAGAAGCUGAAUAUUUUCGCCAGAUACAAAGUAUGAAACUAAAGGAAUAAACCAUUUAACUAUUCCUUUUCUAUCGGAGUACGAAGCUUUAUAUUCAUCAUUUUAAUGAACGGCUAAUAACACUUUCAGAAUGAGCCGCUCAUCGCAUCACCACCGCCAGAUGCAAGCGCAUCAGCAACAGCAAAUGAUGACCGACAACGAUGCCGCUGCUUUGGCCACAGAAAUUUUUGACCAUUUCUGUGCGGCCAUAACAAUGCGUCAAAUUUUAGGACUCUACAGAAACAUGUGUGAUACUAUUGGCUUGCGACCAGGACCUUUGAAUGAGUUUUAUCCGAAACUGAAAUCAAAAGUGCGCAGUUGGAAAGCUCAGGCUCUUUGGAAGAAAUUUGACACGAGAGCUUCACACAGAACCUACAGCAAGGGAAAUGCCGCAACUGGAACCAGAGUGUUAGUGAUAGGUGCAGGUCCUUGUGGUUUGAGGACAGCAAUAGAGGCUCAACUUCUAGGGGCAAAAGUAGUUGUUGUUGAGAAACGUGAUCGAAUAUCUCGAAACAAUGUUCUACACUUGUGGCCUUUUGUGAUCACAGAUCUCAGAAAUUUAGGUGCAAAGAAGUUCUAUGGAAAAUUUUGUGCGGGAUCAAUAGAUCACAUUUCAAUUAGACAGCUCCAAUGUAUCCUUUUGAAAGUCGCGCUUUUAUUGGGAGUAGAAGUACAUGAGGGAGUUUCAUUCGAAAACACAAUCGAACCCAGCGACGGAUGCGGUUGGCGAGCACAAGUAUCCCCAGAAGAUCAUGCAGUCUCACAUUACGAAUUCGAUGUGCUUAUUGGGGCAGACGGCAAACGAAACACAUUGGAACGGUUCCGUCGAAAGGAGUUUCGAGGAAAACUGGCCAUCGCGAUUACAGCCAAUUUCAUUAAUAAGAAAACGGAAGCCGAGGCUAAAGUCGAAGAGAUUAGUGGCGUUGCGUUCAUUUUCAAUCAGUCAUUCUUCAAGGAAUUGUAUCAAACAACGGGAAUUGAUUUAGAAAAUAUAGUUUAUUAUAAGGACGAAACACAUUACUUUGUGAUGACUGCCAAAAAACAUAGUCUUAUCGAUAAAGGUGUGAUAAUGCAAGAUUUUGCCGAUCCGGCUGAAUUACUUGCCCCGGCAAAUGUGAAUACAGACAAAUUAUUAGACUAUGCUAAAGAGGCUGCCGAGUUUUCUACAAAAUAUCAAAUGCCUAACUUGGAGUUCGCUGUUAAUCACUACGGUAAACCAGAUGUUGCUAUGUUUGACUUCACAUCGAUGUUUGCUGCAGAAGCAUCAUGCCAAGUGAUAGUUCGCAAAAACUAUAGACUGCUACAAUGUUUAGUUGGAGAUAGCUUACUGGAGCCAUUUUGGCCCACGGGAUCAGGCUGUGCUAGAGGUUUCCUGUCGAGUAUGGAUGCCGCAUAUGCUAUUAAAUUAUGGUCGAAUCCUCGAAAUAGUAUUUUAGGUGUAAUCGCUCAACGUGAAAGUAUUUAUAGACUACUAGCACAAACUACGCCGGAAAAUCUUCAACGAGACAUCGGUGCAUAUACGGUAGAUCCUGCGACACGUUAUCCAAAUUUAAACAAAUCGACUGUCAAUGUUUGGCAAGUUAAACAUCUAUUAGAUAGUGACGACGCCACAUUGCUUGAGCAAACUUUCAUGGAUACGAAUCUGGUGCAAACUCUUGCACCCGAAACGCCUGUACGAAGAAAACGACGUACUGGAGAUACACUGCCAUUAAGUACCGUAUUAUUACGGUGGAUAAAAGCUCAGUUGCAAUCGAACGAAUUUGCUCAGGACUUGAAUGAGUUAUCUGAAUGUUUCACUGGCGGGAAAGUGCUUUGCACCUUAAUUAACCGGUAUCGACCGGAUCUAGUCGAUUUGAAUACAAUCAAAGAUUACAGUGUGAAAGAACGUAACGAAUUGGCAUUUAAAAUUCUCGAAACGGAAUUAGGUAUUCCUCAAGUGAUGUCUGCGAAGGACUCAUUGAAUUUAGAAAAUGUCGAUUCGAAAAUUUGGCUCAACUACCUUGAACAGAUUUGUGAAGUAUUCCGAGGAGAAAUACCGCAUGUCAAGCAUCCUAAGUUGGACUUUUUCGAGCUUAAGGAGCGCACAGCUAAAAACAAUGCACCGGAUUUCUCUCAUUUGUUUAAAGCGAAUGCUAAAAAAUCCAGGUCACCGAUGCAGGACAUCGACAUGGCACAAACCGUGCAUAGACGUAGCAUACUCGAUGAAGAGAAGAUUCGUAAACAACGAAAAUAUGGGCCUGAUUUCAAUCCUGUUCAAACGGAUACAACGCGUCGUGCGAAAAAACGUCGAAGUCAGGAAAAAACUGGAAAUAUUGAGGAACGCCAAAAACGGUUGACAGAAAUAGAACAAAACCGAUUAGACCGUCAGAGUAAACGGCGUCUGCAUCGAUUCCAACAAACACAAAACUUCUAUAAGAGUCUUCAUAUGUUGCAAGCUAAUACCUUGCUGAGAGAAAGCGAUAGCUCAAGUCCUUUUGAAGAUUACUCGCUAUAUCUAUAUCGGCAACAAGCUCCAGGAUUUAAUGAUCGUGUUAAGGACCUCGAAAGGAAACUUUUGUACCCUGAUCGGGAACGUGGCAUUCAUUCCGCAAUGCCCCGCGGUGGCGCAGCCGAUGAACAGUUUAGCGAUCGUAUAAAAUCUAUGGAACAAAAAAUCACAUCUCGAACAGGUGGUGGAAUUGAUAAAAAACCGAAAGAUCUCUUACGUGCCAUAGGUAAAAUCGAGAGUACCGAUUGGAAUGUUCGUGAAAUCGAGAAGAAAAUUGAACAAUCUAAAAGAACCGAAAUUGGUAAAAGUAAGGAGAAAGUGCCCAAAUGGAGCAAGGAGCAAUUUUUGGCAAGACAAAAUAAAAUGGCCAAACCUGAACGACAAGAGUCGGUUGAAGAAAAAUUCAAAGAUAUCGACAAGACUUUGAAAAAUUUCGACAAACAAUUGAAAGAAGGGUCCGUCUUGGAAGUGGGCGAACGGGGCAAAAACAAGGUUGCAUCCAUUGCUGGACAGUUUGUGAAGAAGGAUGAGAAUUCAGAUGAGAAGAGUGUACCUGUACAGAGAUCUACUUCGAAAGCAGGAUUAGUUUUCAACAAGAAGGGAGCAUCCGAAAAAUGCCACUUCUGCAAACAAACGGUAUAUCUCAUGGAAAAGAUUUCUACAGAAGGAUUGAUUUUGCACCGAUCUUGUCUGAAAUGUUACCACUGUCAUACCAAUCUUCGCCUUGGUGCUUACGCCUUUGAUCGUGAUGACCCGAUAGGUCGGUUUUAUUGCACACAGCACUUUAGAUUGCCAGCAAAGGCCGUUCGCCCUGUCGUCAGAAAGUCUACGAAAAAUCAAAAUAAAUCGCCCGGCGAGCCUGCAAAAGUCGAUAAACCGAGCGAGGAAGAUUUCAAGACUCCAGAAAGGUUACGGGGUCGUCCUGAAAAUCUGGCUCAAUUGGAUCUUCUUGAUAGAGGUCAAACGCCUGAGCGUAUUGAAUUUGAAAAUGCAGACGCUCUGUCGGAUGGUGGGCCAUCGCAAGAGCAUAUUAUCGAUGAGAAUGAAUGGACAGAUCGUAACUUCAUCACAGAAAGUGAAGAUACAGAAUCAAAUAUAUCCGAUUCAGAUUCAUCAGACGAUGAUUCCGAGUCAGACUAUGAGGAAGCAAAUGGAUCACCGCUUGGUGUGCAAACAUUGCAGCUGGCUACAGACUGGAUUGGGAAACAACGCCAUUCGUAUAUGGAUGACGAUAGCGAUGGAGAUUUUUAUGACUCAAGCGAGGGGUUGUUAGAUGACGAUGAUCUAGAUAGCCAAACGGAGGGCGAGGAAUUCAAGAAGGCCCGUGAAAUGAGAAGGCAAGAAGUGAAAGUUCUGCCACCACCACAAUAUUUGCCGACCGAUACUGAAACUGAGGUGCAGUCUGACUCGGAGUCUUCAUCUCCAGACGAUAUCGGUUUAAAUUCAGCCACGGAAAUUUCAACAGAUUCGGAAUUUGAUCAUGACCCAAUCUAUCGAGAGGCACCACCACGUAUUUUCAUAGAUGACACUCACAUUCGGAAACCAACUAGAGUUCAGGUUCGACAUGGAAUCAUUGCCAACAGUCCUAGUCAAAAGCAAUCACAAACGGGCAUACAACAGCAACCGACUUUCAAGGCUCCUGAAAUAGAGUUUAAACCUCUAGUCCAAGUUGAUCCUUCUCUUUUGAGCUCCAACCGAAUUCCGCUCAAAAAUCCCCGUGCUGGAGAUUAUCUGCUAAGCAAGGCCCCAAGUACUGAAGGAAUUGCAUCUCGGAAAAGUUUGGAAUUGAAGAAACGUUAUUUGCUUGGUGAACAAGGAAUUGGUAAUGGAAUUAUGAAGUCCGGAUCAACAUCGAUUUUAGAUUCGAAACUCAAAAGUUUCCAUUCAAAUAUUUCGGAAUGUCAAAAGUUAUUGAAUCCGAGCCCAGAUAUCAGUCCUAGUAUGAAGACAUUUUUGGAGAAGACAAAGGUGGGAGGGCAAGGAGCAAUCACCGCCAAUAUUUCAGACUUGGAGAAGAAGAGCUCUGAUGAGAAGGAAAAUGUUUUUGUAAAUAGUCAGAAUGCCUUAAAUAAGGGGAAGGAAUUUUCAGAGAGCAUGAAUAGCACGAUAGUUGAAAAUAAGGAGAAAAGAUCAGGAGGUGGGAAAGUUUGCUCUCCCAUUAUUGAGACAAUAGAUUUGAUAUCACCUGAAAAGUCAGUUCCUAUAAUCGAUUUAACAGAAUCUCCUUCACCCAACGCAAAAGCGGAUUGCAAGCCACGUGAGAGUUUCGUUGACUUAACAGUUGAUGCUUCCCCUGAGAAGGAAAAAGGGGCCGAAGAAAGCCCUGUGAUGUCAGAGAAACCAGACGUUUCUAAAGAUGUCAAGGAAAAAAUACCAGAUAUUAUAACCCACGUAGAAGAAGCGAAGGCUGAGAAGGCAGCUGAAACUAAUAAUGAUAUCAAAGAUACCUGCAUCGAAGUGCCUACUAUUCCCUGGAACAAUAAAAAGCAACCCCAAAGCGAUGUCGAGUCGGAUAGCCUAUCAAAUUCAUCUACAUCUAGCUUGGAAGAUAUCCCUCACUUUAUCCUCGAUUCAACGACUAGUCCUGAAACUCAAAAUGGAGUUGAACAAAUAGUUCCCCGUGUAGAAGUUCACGAUAGCACAGGGAACCUAAUGCAGAUUGAUAGUCUGAUGAUAAUAGAUGGAAAAUACGUUGGAGACCCGGAAGAUUUAAAACAUAUGGAAAUUCCAAAAGGGAUUUCAUUGCCAGGAGAAAAAGCUGAUGUUGAAAAUAUAAAGGAGUCAAAAUCUGUCGAAAAGCCGAAGAAUCAGGUGGAAGCUAGUACCAUAUCGAAACCAAUUACUUCAGAAGUGGCUAAACCGCCUACUUUAAUCGGAAGUGUUAACAAACCCGAAUUGAAAUUCGAUACUAAAAACGAAAACAAAGUUGAUACUUUGAAAAAUAUUCCUUUAGUUCUUGAGAAAAAUGAAACUCAACGCCCAAUAAAACCAACCUCAUUAGUUCUAGCCAAGUCUAAAUCAGAAUCGUAUGUCGACAAAGACAAAACUCCCACAGCCAGUGAACUGACGAUAUCCGAUUCUGAAACAGAAGUCACAGGGCAAGUUCUUACGGAAACCGAACUGUCUGAUUGGACUGCUGACGAUGCAGUCUCGGAAAAUUUUGUUGAUAUUGAAUUCGCAUUGAAUUCAAAUCGUGGAACGAUAAAACGAAAUAAAAAACAUAAAAAGAAACUUUCACCACCAAAAGCUCCACUGUCUGAAGAAAUUACAGAAAACAAAUCAACCACUAGUGAGCCAAGAACUGGCGCGAAGAAUAGUGAAUCAUCUAAGCAGAAAUCUGACUGCAGUAUUUUGAAAAAUCUGAACAUAGAGGAGAUUGAGUUUAUGGACACUGGUUCGGAAGGAAGUUGUGCGGAAACUUAUUCAGCUACAAAUCGGGCCAUGCUUCAAAAUAGAGGAUACAUUGAAUUUAUUGAAAAUGUUCAGGGUAACAUUCAUAUUCCGACUAGUUCUGAUCAGAGUUUCACUAAAUCUAGUGCAUACUUGUCAACUUCAGAAACACCUAAAGAAAUUGAGGGUGUCGACUAUAUCGAACAAGGGGCCUGUAUCCUCAACAACGAUGUAGACUUGAAAACACCAGUGAACGAAGUUCCUCCAGUUUUCGCGGUGAAAAGCAAUGAUCAAAUAGUUCCCGCUCCACAGCCUGAUAGUGUUAAUGAUAUAGAUGAUGAUAGCUUAAUGUACAUAACAUCCCAAGGAACUGGUACAGGGACAACAACCACCGAAGAGAGUGAUGUGUUGACUGUAGUCGUGAGCCCAUUAGAUAUAUCUCGUCGGAUAGGAGAGGAGCCUUCCCAGACAGCAUCCAGCUCCGAUAAGAACGAAAAAACCACCAGCAAUUCAUCUGCUGCCUCAAAAAUUCCAGUGCGAAAGUCUUCCGAUGAGCAUCGUCACCAGUCGACAGAUGAUUUAGCAAGCGUUGGUUCGGUUUCAAAGAAGAGAGAUUCAGAAGACAUUAGUUAUGAAGAGUAUGUGCGUAAACUUCAAAUGAAGAUUACACAAAUAAGUAAUGCUCGUGACUCUCUUGAUAUACGAAAGCAACGUAGGAAGAGUUCGAAAGGCAGUGGCGCUGAAAUAAUAGAAAGUACCACCCCUACACCACAAAAUAAUUCUGUGAUAGAAAACAAUAAGAACUUAAGUCUAUUCGCACCAUCAGUAUCUUUAGAUAAAACUCCAAAAGGGCCUGAACAACAAACGACAGAAGUUUCUAAGCAGCUAGUCCAAAAUGAUGAUAAAACUGAAACGCCAGCAGUCACAAAGAAACUCGAAGAAAUAACGAAAGAACGAACAAAACAAAAAGAUCUGAUUCACGAUCUAGUCAUGGAUAAGUUACAAAGUAAGAAACAACUUAAUUUAGAGAAGCGUUUAAAUCGAAGUCGCAAUCGAACACUGAUGCUUGGUGCGACGCCAUCUCCUCCACUCAAAGUAGCUACAGAUUAUCAGUGUUCUAAUUCUCCACAUUAUCAUGUAUCGUCGUCAGAGCGCCGCAAUUCGAAAUCAAGUCCAUCCAUUAUCAACGAAAAGGACACGAAAUUAGUGCUGUCAGCCUCUCCGUCCAAGCAUAUACCUCAAGACGAGCUGGCUCGUUACAAAGAACGCCCACUGAGUGAUAAUCUUGAACAAACUUCGUACGCACCUAAAAUUACUAAAACGCAAUCGUUUUGUGUGUACAGUACGCGGUAUCUUCCUCUCAAGGAUGAUGCUCCAAAGUCAGCAGAUCAAUUCAAAUCGGCAAACACUUUUGUAACACCUCAUCCUCCGCCACGAGCAUUCAAAAAACUCGAUGACACUUCAUUAUCGACAACUACAGAAAAACUACGAGCUGAAGCGCGAGCUCGAGCACGUCUGAAAUCCAACGAAGAUUUAGGAUUGAGUCCUGAAGAAAAGUUAAAACUACUACGAAAACGAUAUCACCUCGAUUUACAACAAGCACUAGAAGGCACGAGCACAAACCAAUCCGAUGAUAUGAAAGUACGCGAACGAAAAAUGGUCACAUCAAAAAGUUUCAAUGAUAUCACGGCCGUCCAAGGACUUAUAAAUUCGGAUGAGAAUUUCACAACAAAAUCACCAAUGCAGCUGUCCGAUUGUACUUCGGAUCCAAAUUUAGGUAAUUCGAGUGAGAAGGUAACGAAAAUACCAACAGCUACAUCAAGGAGACGAAAAGAUCCGGAGCGUCGAAAGAGUUUAAUUCAAGCUGUAUCGAAUUUCUUCCACAAGAAGAAAGAUAAAGAUGGAUUAUCGUCGACGCCCACCUCGCCGAAGGAUAAGUCUGAGGGUGUCUUCAGUAGAUUUAAAAUUUCACCGAAAGGAAUGAAGGAGAAAUCCAAGUCGUGCUUUGAUGUGAGGAACUUUGGGUUUGGCGACCGUGACGAAUCAACAUGCGAACGAAGUAAAUCACAAGAUUUCUUGAAGAACGAGAGGCCAACAACACACUCAUCCAGCCCGCAGUUAUAUAAAGAAUCUACAGAUGAUUCAGAACCUCCUCCAAUUCCACCACUGCCAUUAAACUAUCAGAGAUCCGAUGAUGAAAGCUAUACUACCGAGUGCCGCGAGCAGAAGAAACAGCGUGCAAUAUCAAAGGCUUCACGACAGGCUGAGCUUAAGCGAUUAAGAAUCGCGCAAGAAAUACAGCGAGAGCAAGAGGAAAUUGAAGUUAAGCUCAAAGAGUUGGAGGCGCGAGGAGUGUUAAUUGAAAAAGCCUUACGAGGCGAAGGUCAGGAUAUGGAAAACCUGGAAACAUCAUCAAUGGGUGCUAGCGAUGAGAAAUUGUUGAAGGAGCUUUUAGAAAUAUGGCGCAAUAUUACACAAUUGAAAAAACGUGACGAAGAGCUUGGUAUACGACAAAAGGAAUUGCAACUGGAACACCGUCAUGCACAACUAAAGGAGGAGCUAAACAAUCGAUUAUCAUGCAGUAAAUUAGAUAAAAGUUCAGCUGAUAUAGCCGCCGAAGGGGCUAUACUCAAUGAAAUGCUUGAAAUUGUCGCUAAACGUGCCGCAUUGCGGCCUAGUGAAUCAACAGCAAUAUUACGACAAUCAAAUAAUGACAACCAUUCAGACAUAUGAGGUACACUUCCCCUACGCCAGACAGAUAUCGUGAAUUGAUUUGAGCCUGUAAUCAGAGUUAGCGUAGGCUCCAAAGAUAUACGGCUACCAUUUGUUUCUAUGAAUUGCUUUUAACUGAAAUAAUUAGCCCUUUUUGUUUGCAUUAAACAUACGAAGCGGUACCAAAAAUGCGCAAUUGAAACUUUUAGAGAAAAUCGAUGAGUGCAUAACUGCAUAAAGUGAUAUGUAUAAAAUAUAUGAAUUAAUAUGAAAUAUUUUAAUCGCAAGAAAUUUAUAAGCAAAUAAGAGAAGUUAUCUUAACAGGACAGAUGCAAUUAUUGAAACCUGAGGAAUUAAAAUGAAAUGUAUUCCAAUCACAUAAGUAUGCAAUUGUGGGUCAGUGUAGUUGGGGAAAUGCAUUGUGGAAUAUUAGAAAAGAAUACAUAUUUCAACCAGAAAUGCAAGGAUAUAUAGGAAGAAAACCUUAGACACUGUAAAUCACUUAUAAUGUUAGAGGAUAUUUUUUGUGUAAAUUAUGCAAAAAGGGUUUUUAUAUUUUUUACUAAGAAAAACAUAAAAAAUACGAAAGAAAAAUAUCAAAGCAAAGGUAACUUUGAAUAAACGAUACAGUUUAAUCACAUUGUUAGAUGAUUUUGAGUUCUAAUCCAUUCUGAAAGUUAUUUUCUUGACGCAAUAUUGUAUGUAUUCGUUUAUUGUAUAUGUAAUUUUUUGAUCUUCUCUUCUCCUAUUUGAUUUGCAAUUGUAGUAUCGAGUAUGUAAAAUAUUUUCACGUAUACCUUCAAGAGUAAAAUUAUAUUUUAAUUUUUAUUUUAGUUAAGAAUUUUAAGUCGAACAAUAAAGUUUUCGUUAUUUCA